CUCAUACACUCUUCGCUCUGCCGCCUCGUCACUCUCCCUCCAGUCGUUGAUUUGAGGCCACUUGCAGGCCACAACCCGCUCCCCAUUUCGACACCCAGAUCCCUCCGCCCAACCCUGCUGACUGCUGUCGUUGACUUCUGCUUCUGUAAAUGACACCGCCAACCAUGUUUUCCAGUCCCAUGAAGAAUGAAUCGAGCGACCGGUCACCACUUUUCUUCAUCUGAAAAAGCAACGAAAGUUGCCCCUGUUGUUGCUGGCCUUCGACAGUUUAGCUUCCCGGUUCAGCAGGGAACCUUCAGGCAUCCCAGUUUGCCUUUCUUCUGCUCGGAUUCCUGCACGCCUCCGAAAAUUCCAGUUAUCCUAGACCUGAGAAUUAUAUCAAGCUCCUUGACCCAGCUCUUGGUGCGACACAACCACUCCAAACCCUAUGUCUGGUCGAAGGGAAGCAAGUUUGAGAAAGCUCAAGGCAGCAGGAACAACAGUGAAUCUUAGGGCGUGGUUGUUGUAGAAGUUGAUGUAGAAGAGAGGCUUGGUAGACCUGCUAGAGCUAGAAUCAACAAGGUCAGUGGCGAAUGCUUGACCAUUUAAUCAGCUUGUUUUGUUGGGUAUACACUCAUCUUUGUGGUUUAUAAAUUAGGGUAAGACUGGACCUUUUGUGGGAACUGUGAUUAGCCUAACAAAAUUCUAAUGAUUUGGAGUGCUGAUCCAUACUUUAUGAACAUCUACGAGGAAGGCAAUCAGGCUAGGAAGAAGGUUCUGAAAUCAAGAUCAUUUGUUGGUCAUCUCCAGGUUCAAGUUGUUACGAGUCUUUUGGUAUGUGAACUCUGAACAGAGGGAUGCAUCCGUCUCUACGCUGGUUUUGAAUUGACUGUAUGCAAGUUAAUUGUGACUUUGAACUCAUAAUUUUUUGGCUUAUUUUGUAGGAUAAGAGAUAUAACUGAUGAGGAAGAUGCAAGUAUGGUGAAGGAAGCCAUAAUAUAGGACUUUGCAUCAGGAUAUUGUGGGGUGAACUCUCAUGAGCUUCUUUUAGAUCUAUUAUAGCUACGAGAGGGUGGAGAACAUGGGUUUACAUUAGAUCGAAGACGGAAAUGGUGGAGAAGAUAGCGAAGAACAUGUUUGUUGAUUUUGCUUUUUGAUCAGUUUUGAUGGCGAGUGAAAGAAAACAGAGGGGGCAGCCAGCCACUCACCCUGGUGAUGGCGAGUCGAAACCAGGGAUUCAAUGGUGAUGAUGACAGUCUAGGCGGAAGCAGUAGCGGCAAAGAUUUGGGUUUCUUUGGUAGAGUUAGCCUCUUCUAGAGUUGGGCUUUAUUAGUGUUAGUUCAAUUGGGCUCUGUUUCCAAGAGUUGGCAUAGUUGGGUUUUGUUUGAGUUUAAUUUUUUAUGAGUACAAUUAUGUUAAUAAUGUAUUAAAAGUUUUAUGCAAUAAAAUUUAGUGUUAAUA